CAGACGUUGAUCCUUCAUCUUCCCAGCGCACGGGACCCUGCCAUGGAGGGGCAGGAGGGAACAGCCACGGAGGAGGCUCCGGAGCAAGGUGCCGGAGAGGCCACAGAUCAGGGCGAGGCCGACCGCGAGGACAACGGCGAGGAAGGUGCCUUGGAGCGCCCUUCGCGGAAGGCACUCAAGCGGAAGGCGAAGGCGGAGAAGUGCUUGGAGUGGAAGGCACAGCAGAAGGCCAAGAGGAAACGAGGAGGCCAGCGCCACAAAGGGCCCCCGCUGCCGCCCAACGGCGAGAGCGGCCGCCCGGAGGGCGAGGGCCCGACGCAACGGCUCGGAGCGGAAGAGGUGAAAGCGCAGCGGCUGCUGCGGAAGGCGAAGGAACUGGAGGACUUCCGCGAGAGGAGUGGGCGAGGUACCACGGUGGUUUUGGACUUGGAGUGGGAAGAGCAGAUGCAGCCCAAAGAGCUCAAGAGUCUCAUACAGCAGGUGCUCUACUGCUAUGGCGCGAACCGCAAAUCCAGCCACCCCACGCGGCUGGUCUUCUCCGGAGUAAAGGAAGGCAGCAAGACCUACGAGGGCCUUAGCAAACAGUCAGGAUAUGAGUCCUGGGAAGUGCAAAAGCUCUCGGGGCCUUACAUUGAGGCCUUUCCCAAGGAGAAGCUGAUCUACCUCACGGCAGACGCCCCGGAGGUCUUAGACACCUUCGACCCAGAGAAGGUUUAUGUGAUCGGACCCUUGAUCCUCAAAGUUCUACUUGUGCCGGGUGGCAUGAUAGAUAUUCCGAAAAAGAUACAUCCUCAAACUGCUCAAACAUGUCCGAAUCUUUUAAACAAGCCUUUUACUUGGGCUCGAGACCGGCAAGCCAGGUGAGUAUGGGUCAAAACAUGUCAAGAAAAUGCCCUGGUCUAUUCAGGUUGCAGCCGUUCCUUUACCAUCCGCCAUGUAUCACAUAUUUACCUGCAUUGAGCCGGCUUCUACAGGGAUCAAUGUGGGAUGAUGGACCAGGGUGCCCAUUCCUAGCCAUGUGGAAAUCCCCCGUGAUAGGCAUAUUAUAUAUAUAUAUAUUGAUCUCCAGUCCUAUGGCGUGUUUGGGCGGACUCUAGAGUCCAUCAGCCCGCCCCGUGCUUUCCGCCAGGAGGCAUCGUGGACCGGAACCGGCUCAAAGGCGCCAGCAUGGCCAAGGCCUCUGAGCAGCAGAUCGCUGCGCAGCAGCUGCCGCUGGCGAAGUACGUGGAGAUGGGAUCCUACUCGCGGGUGCUCACCGUGAACCACGUGGUCAACAUGAUUUUGGACCACCAGGCCACCAGCGACUGGCGCGGAGUCUGCGAGCGCUGCGUGCCGGGGCGGAAGCACCUCAAGGCCCUGGAAGAGGUUGAGGCAGCGGCCGACGUGGAGUCAGCGGCGGAUGGAACCGCAUUCGACGACCGGGGCGAAACCACCGGCUGAGACGGAGAGAGAAGUGCGCAUGAGAAAGCGUGGAGAAAAGCGUGUGUUUCUUUAUGUUUCGA